CAAAGUACUAGACAAGAAAAAGAUAAAAAUAGUUAUCUACAUACUAAAUAUGAAUAUAAUUAGUGGUAUAAAGCUAGUUACUUUUGAUGCAACAAAUACCUUGCUAAAAUUUCGUAUGCCACCAUGGCAUUACUACGCCCUUGUAGCCAAGGAUUAUGGAUACACAGGAACCGAAACAGAAGUGAAAGAAAGAUUAAUAGACUCAUACAGAUUCAUGUGGGAGAAAUAUCCUAAUUUUGGCAAAAAUUUAAUACCUUGGGAUAAAUGGUGGCAAAAAGUAGUGGCAAGGACUUUUGAAGGGCAGAUUCCUCAAGGAAAAGAUGCUGAAAUUACUAAAAUCCUAAUUGAACAAUACAAGACUUCGAAGUUAUGGUGUGUCGCUGAAGGGGGUCGUCAGUUGCUGAAUAUUCUUGAGAAAAGAUGUAUCAAUACUGGCAUCGUUUCCAAUUUUGAUCCGCGACUCCAUGACAUCUUAAGAAGCUUGGGUAUUAUAAAACAUUUUAAGUUUAUCGUAACGUCAUAUGAGGUUGGAUGUAGUAAGCCUGAUAAGAAAAUAUUUACACAUGCUAUGAAAAGAUGUGGAUUAGUCAAGCCAUCUGAAUGUCUCCAUAUUGGUGAUGAUGUAAAAAAGGAUUAUGAGGCUGUAAUAAGAGCUGGGUGGCGUGCAUUGGUUGUUCAGAGCAGUGAUACUCCAAUGGCUAUGACAGAAAAGUCUCCAGCUUGUGAGCAUAUCUUCCCUAAUUUAUUGACAUUAGCUAAGAGCAUAGAAAAAUCUGAUCUUAAAUUUUAA